AGGUGAAAACACUCCAACAAACUACCCACAUAGCAACACAAAAUGGGUCCUUUGCAUGUCCCCAGUAGUAGUCCUCAACAUAGCAAGCUUCAAAGGGUUUACCACCUUUUGCUCUUCCAUGUGCACCCGUUCUGGGUCCAGCUCUUGUACUUCCUCUUCAUCUCUCUCUUCGGCUUCCUGAUGCUGAAAACGCUGCCCAUGAAGACCGGGGCGGUCCCAAGGCCCACAGACUUGGACGUAAUCUUCACGUCGGUGUCAGCGACGACGGUUUCGAGCAUGGUCGCCGUUGAGAUGGAGUCCUUCUCCAACUCCCAGCUCCUUCUCAUGACCCUCCUAAUGCUCCUCGGCGGUGAGGUCUUCACGAGCAUGCUUGGCUUGCACUUCACCUACACAAGGUCGAAGAAAAAAGAAGCACUCGACAAAGCUGGCAAACAUCCACCAUCUAGCCUAGAGCUCACUCAAACUCAAAUCCCUGCCAUGGCGCUGGAACAAAUGGAGUUAGGGUUCAUGAACCAACGCGAUUACACAUCUAUAGUUAGUCUUCUAACGUUAAUAGUGUUAGGUUACAUUAUGGUGGUGCACCUCGCCGGCUACACGCUCAUACUAGUCUACCUCAGUGUAGUGUCCGAGGCGAGGGCCGUGCUCGCCGGCAAGAGGAUCAGCGCGCACACCUUCUCCAUCUUCACGGUUGUCUCGACGUUUGCCAACUGUGGCUUCGUGACAACGAACGAGGGGAUGGUCUCCUUCAGGUCCUUCCCGGGCCUCCUCCUCCUCGUCAUGCCGCACGUCCUCCUCGGGAAUACUCUCUUCCCCGUCUUCCUCAGACUCACCAUUGGGGCGCUCGAGAGGACCACGAGGAGGCGAGAGCUCGGCGAGCUGCUAAGGGAAUCUAUAGGGUACGACCACCUGCUGCCGGGCGCGCGAACAUGGUGCCUGGCGUUCACAGCGGCGGCGUUCUUGGUGGUGCAGCUGGUGCUCUUCUGCGCCAUGGAGUGGGGCUCCGACGGGCUGCGGGGGCUCACCGCGUUCCAGAAGCUCGUCGCGGCGUUGUUCAUGUCGGUCAACUCGCGGCACUCCGGCGAGAUGGUCGUCGAUCUCUCCACCGUGUCGUCGGCUGUCGUCGUGCUCUACGUGGUGAUGAUGUAUCUACCACCUUACACUACAUUUGUACCGGUGGAAGACCACCACCAGCAAAGUGGGGAACAGUCCGACAAGAAGAGCGUCAGUGGCAGCAGCAAAAGCAUAUGGCGGAAGCUGCUCAUGUCGCCGCUGUCGUGCCUAGUUGCCUUCAUCGUCGUCAUCUGCAUCACCGAGCGGCGGCAGAUCGCCGACGACCCAGUCAACUUCAGCGUCCUCAACAUCGUCGUCGAGGUUAUCAGUGCGUACGGCAACGUGGGGUUCAGCACGGGGUACAGCUGCGGCAGGCAGGUGAGGCCCGACGGCAGCUGCAGGGACGCGUGGAUCGGCUUGUCUGGCAAGUGGAGCAGGGAAGGGAAGCUCGCCCUCAUGGCCGUCAUGUUCUACGGCAGGCUCAAGAAGUUUAGCAUGCAUGGGGGCCAGGCAUGGAAGCUGGGCUGAACGGUUGUGAACUUUUGAUCAUGUAGGCAUAUAUACACAUAUACAUAGGCUAAGGUCCUGUUUGGUCACAUUCUGGAUUCUGCUGAGAAACUCUUUUCUAUCAUAUUGUAAAUUAUACGUUGUACAAUUUGGGUUGCGGAUGGUAAGAAUUAGUUUUUAAGUUAAAACUAUUUGUUUUUACUUUUUCUUUUAAAACUAGAAUCUAUAAUCAGAAUAAAAAACAAAUAGAGCCUUAAGCUAGAUCCCUCCCUUCAAGAGUAGUUCUUGAACUCUGAUGGAAUCAUCUGAUAAAUGUAUGUGCAAGAGGUUUGCCAGUUGUAACAUAAAAACUUAGCAAUAUGGCGUAUAUUAAUCAGUUAUGCUAGCGUACACCAAAAGGAUGAUGCCGGUUAUAAAUUGGGGGCAUGCACAUUAUAUUGGUGUUGUCUAGAACUCUGGAA